UCGGCAAUGUCCGUCCGGUCUUGAUCGCCACACAACAUGUGGAUGUGGGAGUUGACCGAUACUUAAACGUUCCAGUGCCUGGCAAGUGCAGUGUCAGUUGAUCCAUAUCUUCAUUUACCCCUCCUUUCGCUUUACCUUCCACUCGUCGGAGCUUCUCGGUUGCACACCCUCAAUAUGUCUCCUUCAGCUAUCGUUUCUGAGGCCGCAUCUGUGGCAACCAAUGAUCAGACAAAUGGAAAGGCUGCAAUUGUCGAGCAAACAGGCAUUCCGCCGUAUCUGUCGACCAUGCCUAGCGAGGACUUCGAUUGGAAAGUCUCGCUGAAGAACAAAGUCAUUGCCAUCACUGGAGCGAACCGCGGUAUUGGUCUUGGUCUUGUGACAGUUUUCCUGGCGAACGAUGCCGCCCACAUCUACUCGCUGGACCUGUUCGAACCCGGAGAGGAAUUCGAAGCGCUCCAGAAGGCAUACCCCAAGCGUGUUCAUUACCUGCACUGCGAUGUUACCUCAGAGGAGAGCGUCACCAAAGCAAUUGACCAAAUUGUCGCACAAUCCGGGGCCAUCCAUGGCAUGGUUGCUAACGCCGGCAUGACAAAGCACCAGCCAGCCUUGAACUUCGACCAGGCCCAACUCGAACAGAUGUUCAACCUCAACGUCUUCGGUGCAUACUACUGCGCUACAGCUGCCGCAAAGAAGUUCAUCGAGCUCGGUAUCAAGGGCAGCGUCGUGUUCACUGCAUCGAUGACAUCGUACCGCCCCAACCGAGCAGGACCAUCCGCACCGUACGGCGGUACCAAGGCGGCCGUUCGCAAUAUGGCACACACCCUUGCGAUGGAGUGGUCGAAGCACGGCAUCCGCGUGAACAGCAUCUCACCAGGCUUCGUUAGGACACAGAUGACAUACAAGAUUGAGCGCGCUCCAGAUUUCGCGGAGAAGAUGCACUACUAUGGAGGCAUGCCCAGGCUGGCCGACCCCAGGGAGCUCGGUGGUGGAUACGUUUACCUGCUCAGCGAUUGCGCUUCAUACACAACUGGAAUUGACAUUCCCAUCGCUGGUAUCGUAGGCGCGUGGUAAAGGAAGGUUGGCCGAGCGCUGUUGAAUUUUUUGCAUCGGAAGGAGUUCCGGUAAAGGUUGAAGAUUUUGAUUCCCAUAGGAUGAAUGACAUGCAUGAUCUCAAACACGU